AUGUCCAGCAUCAGCAGGUCAUACAGCAAACGAAGCUCUUCCUCUAUCGGAGAGAAAGUUUCGAAACAUUUGACAUUUCUUGCUGCUGAGUAUCAAGGGAGAAAAGUCACCAUUAGACGUAAUCCGGAAUAUCAGGAAACAAUAGCAUCUGUACGGAGGGCGUUCAACUCACUGAGUCGUACUCCUGCGAGUCAGAUAUUGCUCUUUGCGCGUUUCGAAGAGUUCGGAGACGAUUUGCAAGUCACCGAGGAGCUAUGGUCGGACCUACUUCCCAGACUCAUGUUGGUGACUGUUAUUCUCGAUGACUUUUCUCCGUCCCCGCCUCCGCCGCCACCGCUCGUCGGCGACACAAGUUCCGGGAGCCAUACAGAAGCGUAUGGAACAUUGCAAAUCUUUGCCAAAACAUUUACUGGCAAGACUAUUCGACUCUUGGUACAUCCUGAGGACACAAUAGAGAAUGUCAAACAGAAGAUUCAGGACAAAGAAGGCAUACUAUCAAAACAACAACGUCUCAUAUUUGGUGGUCAACGACUGUCCGACACCAUGACCGUUACCGAAUGCAAGAUUGGGUCGGGCGAUAUCAUGGACCUGGUAGUCUCAAUGCGAGAGAAGUCGUUGUCACGCCGUACAAGUACUGUCGUAACGCUGACAGGCAAAACCAUCGCGGUCGGGGUUGAUUCGAGCGACACCAUAGCCAGCCUGAAAAGCAAGAUCCAGGAUCGAGAGGGCAUCCCAACUAACCACCAACGUCUCAUUAUGGCUGGAAGGCAACUGGAGGAUAAAGCUACGUUAAUGGAUUAUAACAUUCAGCACGAGUCAAUCGUUCACUUGGUAUGCCGACUGGUUGGGGGCAAACCGAUCAUCUACAUCUUCCCUGCAAGCACAGUGAAAGAUGUUCGCGUUCAUCUUUCCACUCUGACAGGUGGCCAAACAAUCGAUUGGACCGUUGAUGCCAAGCCAGACGGGACUUUAUUUGACAAGGUAGCAAACCGCGAGGUCGCAUAUUUGUUCUGGGAGGCACACACCAGCCCUAGACUCCCUUCACCCCCUGUCACUCGACCUGGUACUCCGGUUGAGAUAUCAGCGCUCACCUUCGAUCCAUCGAGCCCCGUUUUACUGUCUAGCCAAUCUGCUCUUCUGCCUUUUGACAAAAUCACGGGCUACAUUGACGAUGUGCUGUUGGCGCCCGGAUUUCAUCUUGAAGCAAGAACCUCAUUCAUUACAUACUGGCUUCCAAGUCUCUCAAGGCAUGCAUACGUCUCGCUGAGGUUCCUACCUCAGGAAGAAUACGAAAAGGCAGCUCCGUUGAAUAUAACGCCAGCUCCUGAAGUCAUAACGCGAGUGUUUAUGCUAUUUAGAGGCGUUGAAGAAAGUCAAGUUGAGUUCUGGUCGGAUGCUGCAGGAAUGGCAUGCCAGGAUGUUACUGUUUGGAGGGAUGUGGUAGGGGUUGAUAUUGAGAAGACGCUGAACAGAUCUUUAUAUCGUGUUUUGGAAUGGGGUGGUAUGGAAGUGAAAUAA